UGUAGCCAAUCAAAUAACCCUGGGGACAGUCAGGCGUUGUAGCCCCCUCCUCAUCGCCACAUACACAUGCAUAAGGCAGAACCUGCUGCUUCAUCCACCCACACAGACAGACACUUUCUUAUUCAGCUCUCGUGUCCAUACACUGCAUCACGUCCAAAAACAUGGCUGACAAACCCAACAUGACAGAAAUCACAUCUUUUGAUAAAACUAAACUCAGGAAGACAGAGACCCAAGAAAAGAAUCCCUUGCCAACCAAAGAAACUAUUGAACAGGAGAGACAAGGAGAGUCCACACCAUGAAUGAUGUUUGUAACUGAAGUCAAACAGCAGACAGAGAAGCAAAUGGCUGAGAAGAUCAGCAGAGAAGAGACUUUGAGAGGAAUCGAACUAGUAACUGAUGUGUAAUUGGUUUUAUAGACUUGUUUGUGUGUUUGUUCGAGAAUGAAAUAAAUAUGUACGAAUGUGUUUCAACGAGUGCACCCAGACAACCAAUAAAACGUUUAAAGAGUAA